ACGACGAGAGAGACCGAUGCUGCGACCGGGCUGCCGCAAUAUAACUUCAAAGUUGGCUUCGACGCAAGCCCGCGAGCCUACCAAAGGGGACACGCUGGCUGAAGUUUUCUGUUGAGGAAACGAGCGCUGUUGGCGCUUUUGGUCGCCAAUAUAAGACACUUUUUUAUGAGCGCACUAAGACGAUGGCGCAAACGGGAGCUUAGACGCAGCGACCAAGAGGAGUACAGGAAGGAUUCCAACACGUUCAGAAGAACGGCGCGACUUCUCUCUUUUUGUUUUAAACCGGACAGUUACAUUUUUUCAUUACAAUUACUUUCUUACUAAGAGGAGGACUGGCGCUCUUUCGGAAGACGCGCGUCAAAGUUUGGAGAACGGAGCUGCGCUGUUAUUGAAGCUUAAAAAAUAAUAAUAAAACGGUGAUCAUUUGAUAACUUAAUUCGCUCCGGACACUUUCCUGCUGCCGAUGUACUCGUAUCAAACCAAAUAUCCACUUUGCAGUGAAGAUGCCCUUCAAGAGAAAACUUUAAAGCUCCGAAACAUCUAAGAGACCAGAAGUCGCUUGCUUAGAGACAGGAGGAGGUGUGUGUUCAGCCAGGACAAAAAAAAAGUUACCGAGAGAGAAAGUGCGAGAAGUGAGCCAAGAUCUCGAGACAGACUGUGUGUGAGGACACUUUCCGAAGUUAUGAGCAACAACAAAGUGGAACCACAAAGGCCAGAGUGAUGCAGAUGAGAGAUACUGAGAGAAGAGCUCUUGAGAGUUAGUUAACGGAGAGGGAAAAGGAACCCUUCAUUCCCAGUUGGAGACCCCCCCCCAAAUGAACUGUUCAAAAACAAGAGAUUUUUGUGUGUUGUAUUGUUUUGGGGGCGGGGAGGGGGGGAGAGGAAAAAGAGAAAAGACACGGAUAAAGUCUGAGAGUGAAACGGCUAAUUGCUUAGUCCGUCCCUCAUUACCAUAUCCAAUGCGCGUCCGCUGGACUCCAGCCAAUCCUCCCCACCUUCACACGCUGCCGUUAAUCGCGAGGCAUUAUUCACUAUCAUAAUUAUUAUCCCGACAUGCGCAAUCCAACGCACAGCAACAGCAGCGGCGGCAGCAGCAACACGGGCUAAUUUCACGUUUCCCUCCCUCUCAACCCCCCCACAACCAAACACCUACCACACUGCGCUACCAGACUGUUUGCGAACUUUUUUCUGUGUUGAUUCAUUCGCUCUUCGCUGAUGUAUCUGCAAAACGCAGACACAUCACGGAGCGUGAACUCAGCAGCAUCGCCAGCCCUGACGCCAGCAGCAUGUCCCGACGCAAGCAAGCCAAGCCGCAACACCUUAAGUCGGACGAGGAUCCCGCACUAACCGGGGUGAUCUCGGAGCACGCCCGAGGUGAUGUGCUGGAUGAUGCCGACAGCGGGAAUGAGAGCCGCAGCGGCAGUGAAGAGACUCAUGUAUGUGAAAAGUGUUGUGCUGAGUUCUUCAAGUGGUCAGACUUCUGUGAACAUUUAAAGAGCUGUACGAAGAACCCCCUGGUGCUCAUAGUAAAUGACAAUGAGGACACGCCUAACCCCUCCCAGGAGUACCAGUCGGAGCCCUCGCCUGUGCCCAGCUGCCCUAGCGAGCAAGAUGACAGUGAGGACCCCAGGGAGGGCAAUCAAAGUCCUGCUGGUGAGGGGGAUGAUGUCCCAGAGACAGCAGACUUAAACGAGGUCAAUGUCCUGGAAAAGGAGGAUGAGCAAAUGGAGCUUGAGCUUUCACCUGAAAAAAAUAUGGAUUCUGAUGAGAGAGACGUGACAUCUCCUGAGCCAGACGGCUCCCUACCUCAGCUCAACGAUGUUGCCCCCUCUGCUGUUACAAGCUACACCAUGCCAAGCACCAAUGUUACUCUGGAGACCCUGCACAGUACCAGGGUUGCAGUUGCCCAGUUUUCACAGAGUGUAAGGGCAGCAGUGGGCAAUGGGGUUUCCACCAUGGCCAUUCCUAUGAUUCUGGACCAGCUGAUGGCUCUCCAGCAACAGCAGAUCCAUCAGCUCCAGCUAAUAGAACAAAUCCGAAGUCAGGUGGCUCUCAUGAACAGACAGUCAGGCCCACAACCUGCAAUCAGCCACCAUCACAGCAGUGCUGCUGGAAGCCAGGGGCCUGUAUCUUCCUGUGUUCCUCCUCCUGCCAGUCAGCUUCAGCUGCAUAACUUCAUCACCCCCCCUGUUCAUCAGUUGCCUGUUAGGUUGCCAGCCACACUAAGCAGUCAAGGCCCUUCAGCUAUGACCUCUGCAAUAGAAGGGCCUCUCUCUCAAACACCACAAAGUGGCACUCAGCAAUCUAACUCCUCAGUUCCGAACACAUCCUCAAAUAAUGCAGCGUUUCCCCCACCAAGUGGUACUGGUUUGUCGUCUCUUCAUCCUGCCUGCUCAUCUUCAGUCACAAAUAACAGCAGCAGCACUAGCAGUAGCAUAACAGGAGGUGGUGGCAUCAGCAACAGCUCAGCUCUCCCAAGGAACUCCACCACCCCUCCCUCCCUCAGUCACAGCAACAUCCUGAACUCUGCCUCCAGUCUACCACUGAUACCUCACAGCUCCUCAAACAGUGUCAUCUUCCCCAAUCCUCUGGCCAGCAUAGCAGCCACAGCCAAUGCUCUCGACCCUCUCUCUGCUUUAAUGAAGCACCGCAAGGGAAAGCCCCCCAAUGUUUCUGUGUUUGACACUAAGCCCAGCUCUGAAGACCCCUUCUUCAAGCAUAAGUGUCGGUUCUGUGCCAAGGUCUUUGGCAGUGACAGUGCCCUGCAGAUCCACCUGCGUUCCCACACUGGAGAAAGACCCUACAAAUGCAACAUAUGUGGAAACCGUUUCUCCACUAAGGGGAAUCUGAAAGUUCAUUUCCAGAGGCACAAAGAGAAAUACCCACACAUUCAGAUGAACCCUUACCCUGUGCCAGAGUACCUGGACAAUGUUCCCACAAGCUCAGGCAUUCCAUAUGGCAUGUCAUUACCACCAGAAAAACCUGUUACCACAUGGCUAGACAGUAAACCUGUCCUCUCCACUGUUCCCACCUCUGCUGGGCUCCAGCUACCACCAACACUUCCCAGCAUGAUUGGAGGUUUUGCUGAGUCUCCAAACCUCACUCCACUCAACAGGUCUCCUCAGAGGCCUUCACCACCUUCAAGUGAGUGCGUAUCAUUGUCCCCAAAUAUCACCACUGACUUGGGAAUGACCACUACAUCACCCUCCCCAAAACCCAACCUUGGGAGUGAAGCACCUCCUCUUCUGAAACCCGAAGGCAUUCUUUUAUCCCCAAGUUGCUCUACUAGGCCAGGAGAGAACACGACCACCACAACUACAGUAACUCAAGUUCUUCUUUCCCCCACUGUCACCUCCACAACAUCAUCAGGCAGUGGCCCAGUCAUUGAUCCCCUCAGUAGCCCCAACUUAGUUUCAAAUCCCGUCUCCCAUCCUGUCCUCCCCAUGCUGUCAGACCAGUUUAAGGCCAAGUUUCCAUUUGGAGGCCUCCUGGACUCUAUGCAAACCUCAGAGACAUCAAAGUUGCAGCAGCUUGUUGAGAAUAUUGACAAAAAGAUGACUGACCCCAACCAAUGUGUUAUCUGCCAUCGUGUUCUCAGCUGCCAGAGUGCUCUGAAGAUGCACUACCGCAUCCACACUGGUGAGAGGCCCUUCAAAUGCAAGAUAUGCGGACGAGCAUUCACCACCAAGGGAAACUUGAAAACACACUUUGGUGUCCACAGGUCCAAACCCCCACUUCGAGUCCAGCACUCUUGCCCUAUAUGUCAGAAGAAGUUUACCAAUGCUGUUGUGCUACAGCAGCACAUCCGCAUGCAUAUGGGAGGGCAGAUCCCCAACACCCCUGUUCCAGAAAGUCUGCAGGAAAUGGAAACAGACCUGUCAUUUGAUGAGAAGAGCUUAGACGCAAUGAGUAAUUAUGACGAUGAUCUCCUGGAUGAAAUGGAGCAGGCUAUGGAUGAUGAUGCUGACCUGAAAGAUGGUGAGGUGGAUUCAUCUAAACCUUAUUCACCUGGAAGUUCACCACCAACUUCUAUUAUCUCUAGCAUCGCUGCACUGGAGAACCAGAUGAGGAUGACAGACACUAUUGCCAACAUGACUCGCUCAUUUGGCCAGAAGCCUGCUCAGAAUGGCAGCAGCUUUGCAGGGGAGCCUGACUGUUUUACCACUGAUUCCUUGUCAUUAGCAGGAGAUGCUGAAGGUCAGAGCUUGGGGAGCCCUGCUUUGUCUGAGUCCUCUGGCUCCAUGCAGCAAUUGUCCCCAGCUCAUAGCCAUUCUGAGAGCCAACGAUCCAAGUCCCCAGCUACACUCAGUAAUAAUAACAACAGCAGUGCCAUGACAGCAGAGGAGGGCCAGGAGAAUAGUGCAGCUGGCUUGGCAACAGUGAAGUCGGAAAAAUCAGAGACCCCGUCUCCGCUUUCUGCAACUGAAGGCACUGGGGCCCUUGACCUGACUGCCACUCAACCUGGCAGGCACUUUAUCAAGGAUGAGAGUCACUUCAACAUGCUGUUUCUAAAUAGAGACCGAGGACUAAGUACUCCUAAUUUGGCCAGCACGGCAUCAAACAUGAUCAAAAUGGAAAUGAAUGGACAUGGCAAGUCUCUGAGUGACAGUUCUCACUUGCCUGUGGGCAUUCAUGUUCCAGCUGCAGCUCCCCCAACCACCAUGAGCCCCAGCAUCAACCCCAUGUUGGCUCCCCCGCCUCCACGUCGCACUCCUAAGCAGCACAACUGCCACUCGUGUGGGAAGAAUUUCUCCUCAGCCAGCGCUCUGCAAAUCCAUGAGCGCACACACACAGGGGAGAAACCUUUUGCCUGCUCUAUUUGCGGAAGGGCUUUCACCACAAAGGGCAAUCUGAAGGUCCACAUGGGAACACACAUGUGGAACAAUGCUCCCGCUCGUAGGGGUCGACGCCUAUCUGUGGAGAAUCCCAUGGCCCUGCUGGGUGGGGACGCCAUGAAGUUCAGUGAGAUGUUUCAGAAAGAUCUGGCGGCUCGGGCCAUGAAUGUUGACCCAGGCUUCUGGAACCAGUACGCCGCUGCCAUUACCAACGGCCUGGCCAUGAAAAACAAUGAGAUCUCUGUAAUCCAGAAUGGAGGCAUCACCCAGCUGCCCGUCAGCCUCAGCGGGGCGGGAAUCACUUCAUUGGGAGCUAUGGGAGGGAUGGACCGUGUUCGCACUGGAAGUAGCCCUCCCAUGACGGGUAUGGAGAAGGCUGGUCUGGAAGUCACAACCAGUCGUCCCUUCUCCAGAUAUAUGGAGGAGAAUAAAGAGAUUGGAAUCAAUUAAAAACAUUUCGGUAUUAUUCCAAGGUAGGCAUUUGGCAAAGACUAAAUAUAUGAUGAUGAGGAAAGAAACUGCUGAUCCAGUCUGAACUCGUGUACUAAAUUAUGUACAGAUUAAAUAUUUUUGUUUGGUUUUGAAAAUAUAGUAUUUAGUAUUAAUUAGAGGUCUUUGCCUUCCACCCAUUCCCUUCUUUCUUGGUAUUUCGCCUAUACAAAGAAAACUUUGUCUCUUGUUUGAGAAUAUGUGGUCUUGCAAGAUUUGCAUGGUACUUAUUGGUUUUUAUUGGUAUGUUUGACUGCUUUUAUGAAUUCCUUUGAAAACCAAGAUCCUGCCUCAGUGAUAAUGGGCAAGUGUCUUAUCUGGACAGGACGAUGACCCAAAAGGACAGUUUUGUUAAAAGACAGUCUGACCUUUGUCCUGCAACCCUGUUUAGGGCUGCUCUUUUAAAUAUAAAGGACCCAGAAUUGAUGAACAAAAAGACUGAAAUAUAGUGUUUCUGUGCUCGCCUGAAAUAUUUUGUUUCUCAUGAAUUAGAAAACUUGAAAAAAUAAUGUUUGAACUAUUUUAAUCUUUACAUUUAGUCUCUCAGCAUUGUCUUAUAAUGUUGUCCUGUGUCUUUAGUAUUUAUGAUAUUGUCAAAAAAAAAAAAAAAAAAAAAAAAGCGGGUAUACAAGAAUAUAUUUAACAGCCCAAGCAUUUUAUUGAUUCUUUUUUUCUAAACUGCAGGCUUCACUGAUGAAUAUCUCUGUCAAUAAAGAAAACAUGUCAUUUGAGUUGAACAACAGAGAAAAAUUGUAGGUUUUAUUUGGAUAUCUGUUGAGACUGCGUAUCUCAUUACAUGACAAAGAGGCAAGAGAUAUCCGAAGCUGCUAUGACCACAACCCUGCUUUUAACCUUUGUAAAAAAAAGAACAAAAAGAGGUGAUCCUUUUGAAGAAAUAUCUAUGUAUAGAAAUACAAACAAAUCUAAAACAGGUAUGCAUAUUUUGUAUCACAUAAAGAUAGACAUCAUGAGUUGAGAGUACUUGUCAUGUUUGUGAAUGCACUUUUUAAAAACAAGACGUUUUGUCUGUGAGUUACCGUUAACCUUAUGACUGAGCUAUCUAUCACGUGCUGUUUUCAUUGUUUUCAGCAUACCACUCCUCCAGCUGACAGAGUCGGUUCUCUGUUAUUGCAUCUGUGCUCCUCGUCAGGGUGCACUCAUCACUCAAUCAAAACCUUCACAAAUAAAAAAAAGGAAGCAGGUGUGUGUUUGAA